CAGUGUCUCCCCAGGCUUGUAAAUUUAUCUUCUGUCCACCAGCAGAGUCAAUUUCCUGCUUAGGCCCCUCGCCUACUGCUCUGUGUGUAACCUGCAGUUGCCUCAGAGCGCACGCUGCUCUCUUCCUCGCCCAAGCCGCAGCCUGUGCAUAAACCGCUUUUCGUCCCGUCCCUCUCUGCUUAAAAACCUCAGCGCCCGGCUCAGGCGCGUCCUGUCUUAGAAGGGGUCUCCGCUUUCCGCUCAAUUUCGAUGUGCACCUCUCUUGUGCUCCCAUAGCGCCUUCUUUCGGCACUUCUCCUGAGCGAUUAGUUCUCGUCUUGAUCAUUUCAGUCUCCCACAGUAAGUAAUCCUGUGAAGCUCCCCGAGUAAGCGUUGCCGGCUCCCCAACUCCGCCCCGACAAUGGGAAGCGUUUUCGCUCUAAUCGCUACAGGUGUUCUUCCUGCAGGAUCCCCUUUACAGCAGGGAGCUCCCACCUUCUACCGCCUGAUGCCGGACAGCACUACCCUCCGCUGGCCGGGAGCCGCGCUGCCUCAGCGGCCACGCCACGCCGUGCCGAGCUCCCUCAGUUUGCAAGGGGCCGGAGGAAGAACAACAACAACAAAUCCUUCUUUUAAAAAAUGAAAGAAAGAAAAAAAGAGAAGAAAAAAGAAUUUAAAAAAAUGAAAGAAAGUCUUAUUUCCUAGGUGCAAACGAUUGGGAAUGAAAUGCCCCGCGCGUGUUAAGUGAGUCUGGACUAGGCAUCCAAGGUGUGGAGGCUGGAGUUAAUACGCUCGGGUUUCCCCCUCCCGCGCCACGCCCCAGCCCCUUUUUCCCCACCCCACUUGAAAAUUCGCGCUGCUCAUUGGCUUCUGGCCCUGCCAAUCAGAAGGACGGGAGCCAAUCCUUCCUACGAAAGGUGAAGUGCUAGCAGAGAAAAAGUUCGGACCCCCGGGUCGCGCGGCUCGAGACUAACGCCCCUCUAGCAGCCGGCUGCGCUCGAGAGCCGCGACUCUCGGCCGCUGUGGGGGGCAGGGGGAGACAUAGGCGGCGCCUCAUUUGCAUAACGGCCGCCCCUGGCCGCCUCGCGUGGGCCGGAGUCCCGCCUCUCACCCGACUGGAAAUCUGUUGGGCCACGGGCGGGUCACUCCUAGCAAGGCAAACCUGUGGCGGCGGGUGCCGGGAGCGGAUUGGCUCCGGGAGGUGGCUGGAGGAGGCCGGGAGGCGGCUAUAAGAGCGGGGAACCGAGCCGGCGAGCGGGGAGACGCCACUGAGUGCGCUCGCGGUGGGUGGUGCGAGGCGACCGUUAGUUGACACCGCGGAUUUUCUGUCCCCCCCCUGGUCCUCCUGUGCCCGGCGUUCUCGUCUAACGUCGCCUGCCAGCCUUUCAGUCACGAUGUCUGCCCGCGGCCCGGCUAUCGGCAUCGACCUGGGCACUACCUACUCGUGCGUGGGGGUCUUUCAACAUGGCAAGGUGGAGAUCAUCGCCAACGACCAGGGCAACCGCACCACCCCCAGCUACGUGGCGUUCACCGACACCGAGCGCCUCAUCGGCGACGCCGCCAAGAACCAGGUGGCCAUGAACCCCACCAACACCAUCUUCGACGCCAAGCGGCUGAUCGGGCGCAAGUUCGAGGACGCCACGGUGCAGUCGGACAUGAAACACUGGCCGUUCCGAGUGGUGAGCGAGGGCGGGAAGCCCAAGGUGCAGGUGGAGUACAAGGGCGAGAUCAAGACCUUCUUCCCGGAGGAGAUCUCGUCCAUGGUGCUCACUAAGAUGAAGGAGAUCGCCGAAGCGUACCUGGGGGGCAAGGUGCAGAGCGCGGUCAUCACCGUCCCCGCCUACUUCAACGACUCGCAGCGCCAGGCCACCAAGGACGCGGGCACCAUCACCGGCCUCAACGUGCUGCGCAUCAUCAACGAGCCCACAGCGGCGGCCAUCGCCUACGGCUUGGACAAGAAGGGCUGCGCCGGCGGCGAGAAGAACGUGCUCAUCUUCGACCUGGGCGGCGGCACCUUCGACGUGUCCAUCCUGACCAUCGAGGAUGGCAUCUUCGAAGUGAAGUCCACGGCCGGCGACACCCACCUGGGCGGCGAGGACUUCGACAACCGCAUGGUGAGCCACUUGGCCGAGGAGUUCAAGCGCAAGCACAAGAAGGACAUUGGGCCCAACAAGCGCGCCGUGCGGCGGCUGCGCACGGCCUGCGAGCGCGCCAAGCGCACCCUGAGCUCGUCCACGCAGGCGAGCAUCGAGAUCGACUCGCUCUACGAGGGCGUGGACUUCUACACGUCCAUCACCCGCGCCCGCUUCGAGGAACUCAACGCCGACCUGUUCCGCGGGACCCUGGAGCCGGUGGAAAAGGCGCUGCGCGACGCCAAGCUAGACAAGGGCCAGAUCCAGGAGAUUGUGCUGGUGGGCGGUUCCACCCGCAUCCCCAAGAUCCAGAAGCUGCUGCAGGAUUUCUUCAAUGGCAAGGAGCUCAACAAGAGCAUCAACCCCGAUGAGGCGGUGGCUUACGGGGCUGCGGUGCAGGCGGCCAUCCUCAUCGGGGACAAGUCCGAGAACGUGCAGGAUCUGCUGCUCCUCGACGUGACUCCGUUGUCACUGGGCAUCGAGACGGCUGGCGGUGUCAUGACCCCACUCAUUAAGAGAAACACCACGAUCCCCACCAAGCAGACGCAGACCUUCACCACCUACUCCGACAACCAGAGCAGCGUGCUGGUUCAGGUGUACGAAGGCGAACGGGCCAUGACCAAGGACAAUAACCUGCUGGGCAAGUUCGAUCUGACCGGGAUCCCGCCGGCCCCCCGCGGGGUCCCCCAGAUCGAGGUCACCUUUGACAUCGACGCCAACGGCAUCCUUAACGUUACCGCCGCCGACAAGAGCACUGGCAAGGAAAAUAAAAUCACCAUCACCAACGACAAGGGUCGUCUGAGCAAGGACGACAUUGACCGGAUGGUGCAGGAAGCAGAGAGGUACAAGUCGGAAGAUGAGGCCAACCGUGACCGGGUCGCCGCCAAAAAUGCCGUGGAGUCCUAUACCUACAACAUCAAGCAGACGGUGGAAGACGAGAAACUGAGGGGCAAGAUUGGCGAGCAGGACAAAAACAAGAUCCUCGACAAGUGUCAGGAGGUGAUCAACUGGCUCGACCGAAACCAGAUGGCAGAGAAAGAUGAGUAUGAACACAAGCAGAAAGAGCUCGAAAGAGUGUGCAACCCCAUCAUCAGCAAACUUUACCAAGGCGGCCCUGGCUGCGGCGGCGGUUCUGGAGCCUCCGGGGGACCGACCAUCGAGGAGGUGGACUAAGUUUGUACGAGAGUAAAACCUCUUUUCCUUUCCUUCCCCCACCACCUUUUUUUCUUGUUUCUUUGAAAUGUGCUGUGCCAAGUACAGAGGUCGGUUGUUGGGGAGUCAGUCAUUAGUCCGGUAUAUGCAUAUGAAAGGAAAGGGGCAACAAUUUAGUUUCAUUAUAAAAGGUUAGUUCCAAAGUUUGAUUUUUUAAAAACAUUAUUUGAGGUUUCUCUUAGUGCAUUUUGUGUGUUUGAUGACUUGAGCCUUUUUUGUUUAGUCUAGUUUGUGCAUGGAGAUUUGUUUGAGAUGAGGAACAUGAAGUUUGUACACAUGCUCUGUGGAAGCUUGGUGACAAUAGAAUAUAAAGAAACGGUUUAUUUUAUGUACUACUAUAAGGCUAAAGUGAACACUGCAGUAAUGUUAAGGGCAGGUAUAUUUUUUGCAAACAAAUGCAUAAAUUCAAAAUUAAAGCUGAAAUUUCAAAAUUA